GGAGAGGAGGGAAGAAAAAGGAAAAAAAGUAGGGGAUCCCCAACAUGAAGAACAACAGGAUGGAGAAGAGCAUGUCAUACGGUCAAUUACGGGCAGGAGGAUCUCUGCGUCCAGAGAGAGGAGAGGGUUGAGUUCCGGACUGAGGAAAAGCAAGUCCACCGUCAACCACUUUCACAGACGCCUUAUUUACUGCUCUGGAAGAGCAGCUUUACAGCUCUGUGAUUCAGCCAUUUGUGACUGCAAAUGGGACUCAAAGGAAAACAAAGACUUCAAAAGAGCAAGACAAAGAGCUUCUGUUCAUCAUCAUGUCACUCACACCAGAGGGCAGGAUUUACACGCGUGAAUUUUUACACCUCUCACUCGUGUUAGACGGAUGACGCUUAAUUUCCGAUGUUUUAAAAGCGAUAAUAAACAGCUGUUACCCGUAAUCACUGAUGGCUGUGUUUUACCCACUGUAAAGAACUCAGAAUGAGAAAUCUGAAGAUUUCAGACAAAUGAGUUUGAGGAUAGAGUUCAAGACAAUCUGCACUCCUGCUCUUUUUCUUCAAAUAUCAUUAUUUUGAACAAGCUUUCGGGUCUGUGAAUGAUGUUGCAUGAAUUGCUAUUGUUUGCAAUGACAGCAUUGCACUGUGGGACAUCAAAAGACAUGGACUUUAUUACGGGUAACUGUAAUGAUACCAUCAGACUUCCUUGUAAAGCUACUGACCGAACUAGCACUUACCGUUACGUAAUGUGGUAUAAAAAAGAGAGUUUUCCUAUCAUCAAGAGGAAAAAAGAAGAAUAUACAUACUAUAAUAACAUAACAUCUGUUUCUCUGGAAAAUAAAGAGACCCUGGUGUUACAUAAUGUGCAGUCUUCAGACUCUGGAGAAUAUAAAUGCUACCUGGCUGCAGAGGUUGGAGGUCGAAAUGACCAUUCUUUAAUUGGAUUGAAUAUCUCAGAAUGUUUAAAUGUGAGCACAGUUUAUCCCAUCAACACCAUGACCCCUUCUGAUUCUUGUCCUACUGUAGCAGAAUUAACUGUUCCCUGGGCUGUCAUUGGCUUUUCUUUUAUCAGCGUGACCAAAGUCAUUCUUUGCAUUAUAACUGUGGGGGUGUGUGAUCGAGUCAUAUUUGGAACACUAAGAAGAAAACAGGAAGUAAGGGGAAGCAAGACUGGAAGGUCAAGCUGGAAAGAUUGAGAUUCACAAAAAGCUGAUGGGGUUGUUAUAGUUUUACACAUCCAUUAGCCAAGUUAAAACAGUCCAUUCCUGUAAAGAUUUACAAGGUUGUUCGCACCAUUAGAUUGUUUUGAUAGGAUCCGUUUUAUUUCUGUGUGGUUUUGCUAUUCUGAAAAACUUUUUAUGGAUGGUUUAUUAUAGGGGAAGAGGGACAGGCUAUAAUGAGGGCUGUUCAUUAUAGUUGAGGGAAAGGAGAGUCAUGGAGGGUUGCAGUUUAUUAGGCCUGUGCCACAGCUGCACACUGUUGCAUUUUGUUUGUUUGAACAUUUUUUCCCUCAUACUUUAUAAAUAAGGGAUAAUGUACAUCCAGCCAGUUGUCAUUUCAGAAUAAACCCGACAGGGUGAUCAGGACACCGACGCGAAGCGGAGGGGUCUUGUAUCAGCCUGAAGGGGUUUAUUCUGAGACAGGCCGCUUAUUACACGGCUAAAAAUAUUUGUUUUUACCAUAUAUGUUGAAAUUAAUGUCUUCCAUUGUAACACGCGGUGGUUACGUUUUUUACAGUUACAAGAUGGUGCCAGACAGUCAAUGAUAGCGGAGUGACUCAUUAAGCAUAAGUAGUACCGGUCAAGAUAACUCGUAGAACCCAGAUAAGCGGUGUGUUAUUGUCAGUGCGUUCCAAACGGGACAUUUCGGCCUCUGAAGGGCACUUCAUGAAAACAAUCUUGGCCGCCAUAUUGAAGGGUCGUUCUAAACCAAAGUGCUCAAAAUGGCCCACUUCAAAGGGCCCUUCGGAAUGAAGGAUUUUGAAGAAUACAACUGAUGGACAAUUCGGCCUCCCAUGAUCCUUUGCGCAGAUUCUUUCCAUGAUGACGGUGGGUACAUGUGGGCACGUGAUGAUGACGCAGAAGGGCACUUUAAGAAACAGUUGUUUGGUCCAACACAACCCUUCAACCCUCCAAAGCUCUCACUCCAGAGGGUAAACCCUUUGAAGGGAUUAGGGCAUAGAGAUGAGCCCUUCCGAAUGGAACGCAGGGUCAAUAUGGUAGUUGUUAUCUUGGAAUAACAAACCACUGGAUGGCGCGAUUGACCAAUCAGAAUCAAGUAUUCCACAGAGCCGUGUAAUAAUUGUAGGCUAUGUAUUUUGUCUGUAGCAAAUGUAUGUACUUUAUGGAUCUUAAGGGUUAUAAAUAUGUUAUAAAUUUUGUUCAUACAA